AUGGGUGACCAGUUGACUGAGGAGCAGAUCACAGAAUUCAAGGAGGCAUUCUCCCUGUUUGACAAGGAUGGAGAUGACACCAUCACCACCAAGGAGUUGGGGACAGUGAUGAGAUCCCUGGGACAGAACCCCACUGAAGCCGAGCUGCAGGACAUGAUCAAUGAGGUGGACGCGGAUGGGAACGGGACCAUUGACUUCCCGGAGUUCCUGACCAUGAUGGCCAGAAAGAUGAAGGAUACAGACAGCGAGGAGGAGAUCCGAGAGGCCUUCCCUGUCUUUGACAAGGAUGGCAAUGGCUACAUCAGCGCCGCAGAGCCGUGCCAUGUCAUGACGAACCUGGGUGAGAAGCUGACCGAUGAGGAAGUGGAUGAGACGAUCAGAGAGGCUGACAUCGAUGGAGACGGCCAGGUCAAUUACGAAGAGUUUGUACAGAUGAUGACUACAAAGUGAAGGCCCCCGGGGCAGCUGGUGAUGCCCGUUCUCUUGAUCUCUC